GGGCGUAGCGGGGUGGGGUUAAAUCUGGACACAACUUCUCUUUUUGAGUCUUGUCAGGUUGAAAGACAGCCUUUGUUCUGGUUUGAAGUUCCUUUUGUGCUGUGCUCUGAUGCUUCCCCUCUUCCUCCACAGCUAUGCAUGCCCAAAGGGCUGUCUUUUAGGACACAGAGCGACAAUAAAGACCCUCAGUUCCACUCGUUUAUAAUUACUCGGGAAGAUGGCUCUCGAACCUAUGGCUUUGUCCUCACUUUCUAUGAAGAAGUUACAAGCAAGCAGAUCUGCACAGCAAUGCAGACUCUGUACCAGAUGCACAACGCGGAGCACUGCAGCAGCGUUUGCGCCUCCUCCUCCUGCAGCAUGGACUCACUGGCGAGCAGUGCUGAUGAGGCUGACUCCACCUCCCUUCUGAAACUCCAGCGGUACAACUCUUAUGAUAUCAACAGAGACACUCUGUAUGUUUCGAAAAGUAUCUGCCUUAUCACCCCACUCCCCUUCAUGCAGGCCUGCAAAAAGUUCCUCAUCCAGCUUCACAAAGCAGUUACCUCACAGCAGCCGCCACCCUUGCCCCUGGAAAGCUACAUCCAUAAUAUUCUGUAUGAAGUACCCCUUCCGCCUCCGGGGCGGUCACUGAAGUUUUACGGCGUUUAUGAACCUGUCAUCUGCCAGAGGCCUGGGCCCAGUGAACUCCCCCUCUCUGACUACCCUCUUCGAGAGGCCUUUGAGCUCCUGGGACUGGAGAAUCUGGUGCAGGUGUUCACCUGUGUUCUGUUAGAAAUGCAGAUCCUUCUAUACUCACAAGGUGGGUGUUCUUUGCCCUUCAUUUUUUAAAAACAGGUACCUGUGCCCUCAACUACUGUGUUACCUUGAGUUAUAUUAUUAGAACCAAAUAAUGAAUAUUCAGGAGUCUUUUGUUUCCCAUCGAAGGAGCAGGUAUGAAUGAGACUAAUGGCUGCAGUGUAGCUUUUCUUUGUGGCCACAGCAGCUAUGGAGAGAAACAGCAAAGAGUAUAAAAAGUAUUACCCUGAAAGAUUUUGUUGUAUUUAUUUUUUUAAUAAAAAAUGGCCUUUUUUCUGUCAAUUCAUAGUCAUCAUUAAAGAAACAUUCUUUCUUUUCAUAAUGAGAGCGGGAAAUGAGAGGGAACCUGUAGUCUUCCCACUCUUCACAAAUCAGUAAAGGUGCCUAGGAAAACUCGGCUACACUGAGAAGAGGAAGUGACAGCACUGACGCUGGCCUUUUUAGCAUCGCACUCACACGCAGGAGGAAGAGGUGUACAGGGGGACAGUGUGACUUUCCCAGUUCACAGUGAACUCAAAUUGUGUCUGUGGCCUUGGGUGUUUUGUUUUAAGACAUAGAAGAGAGAAGUUAUCUUUAUGAUAAUUAUUUAUUCAAAAUUCUCCAA